AUGGAGAAUAGCGGUUACUUACGAAUACUAGUAGCUUAUCAAACUCUGUACAACCACUCCACUGACGAAAUCAAACCACGUGAGAAAAUACGCUGCCUGUCCCGCUUAAAUCGCCGAGAUCCUGAAGACGAAAAUUCUCCGAACGUAAUCGUGGUUCCGCACGUCCCCAGUUGUAAUAGUUUACUAGAGAUUCAACAACUCUCGUUGUGUUAUAUCACCACACGUGGAAUUCUGACAUUAAGUUCUGGUAGUUCCGGAUUUGGUUUUCUUUUCUGCAGUUCAAGUUCCGCUCCCCUUCACUGA